GCGAGAGUCGAGAGCGGCCGGCCCAGACCUCCGCCUCCUCCGCCUCAUCCUGACAGCGGCCGCCGGCGGCGGGAGGAGGAGGAGCACCGCGCAGGCGCCCACGGCUUAAACUGAAGACAGCUCUUCAGUGUUCCCAGCUUGCGACAUGUUGGGCUUUUUGUGGAUCCUGUACAUGUCCAGGCAAAACUCCCACACAUUUUGAUGCAGCCUGGAUCAGACCCCUGCUGCAAACAGAAGAGCUGCCUCUGGCAAUAUUCAGAAGAACAUGACGCCCAAGAAGACUCACCAAUCUUUGUAUAAACCAUGGACCAACCGAGGAGAUUCCAGAGGAUCACCAGAUCUUUGCAAAUCCUUCAGCUGAACAAGCCCACCCUUCUGAACUCUUUCAUCCAGCAGAUUUCCUUUGAUUAUUCAUCACACCUUUAAAAGUGUUGAAAAGCUUCUGACCUUCUUUGAAAAACAGCUGAAGACAAACAUCUGUUGUGAAAUUAAUUCUUAACAGGCUUGAUACAUCAAGCAAAUUUCAGUGGAGUUAUUCUUGCCUCACACCAAUGGUGCAGUAGUGCUUGCAUGUGCAUGAAGAGCACAGUGAGUUACUGUUGGAAUGUUUUUGGCAUCUCAGGAAAGGCAGCUUCUCAAUGAGAUAAGUAUAUCUUUUGAGGAAUCUUUGCUGUACCGCUGAAGUAUUCCACCAGUGAAGAUGUCUGGAGAAGUGGUAAGAGCAAAUACAAGUGACCUCCAGAGCCAGGUACUCCUGUUGAAAAGUUAAGUUGUUUAAGAUCUGAUUUUAAGAGAUCCUGGAUACCUUCUAGAAGUUGCUGCCUAAAGUGUCUGCACACCAGGACCCUACAUAUUUUAAAUUGAGCAUGCAAAAACACAGCACUGAUGGGCACUCUUAAAUGUGGUGGCCUACGUGACUUCCUUGUAGUCACUUGGCAGUGCAAUAAUAGAAGUAGGAACACAGGAUUUCUUAUGUCUAUUGUGUCAAUUAGAACAAUACUGGUGAGAGCAACUAAGACCAAAAGCCUGGCCUUCAAAAUAUACGACUUGAAAGGAAAGACGCAUUUUUUUGGUAAGGUCCAAAUGUGUUUCAUUCGACUUUGCUGCUACUCCCAAAGUUUGGUUGUAAACAAGUAUGAUUUUUACCCUGGAAGCCACACAUCUGGAUUGCAGUGCCUGUAACUGUUUUCAUCAUCACAAGUAGUUACUUGCUUUAUAAUGUUCUGCGUGAGCAGAAAACAGCUUGUAAGAGGUAACCUGAGCAAACUCUAUAAUUGAAAAGCUUAAAUGUCUUCAAUUUAUGGCAGCAAGGUGGCCACAGCCUUUAACUUCCUCUGUAUGACCCUGAGGUCUUCAAAGUCUGCAUUUCUAGCCUUGCAGAGUUCUGAUUCUGAGUGCUCCCUCUCAAAAGUCCAUGCUGACUCUUUGUCCAGAUAGUUCAACUGUCCAAAGCAAUGCUGGACCAUGUGCUUUCAUGGGAGAUGAAUGUGAACAUGAGUUCACCUACAGCUGUAACCCUUUUUGUAGCUAUACAGCAAUAAAACUUGGAAAUUAAAUUCUGUACAUCAUAAAUAUAGUGAUGUAUCUGUCAGCAUUAUCAGUACUCAAUGCCAAAUGACAAAAUAAUGUUGCACCUGAAUAACUGUUUAAAUAACAGGUUGUUUCCUCACUGCACAGUUGGUGUAUCCUGGAGAUGCUGCACUGUGGAGGCUGCAUGUAUUUGAGUUUAUUAGUAUUUAAAAUGUUCUGUGCCCCUGAUUCCAUCCUCAGUUCUCCAAAUCAUGACAAGUGAUCACUAAAGAAGUCACUGGAAUGAACAGCCACUGAAUUCCAGUAUGGACAAGGAACCACGGAAAAGGACAGACUUCUAACCUCUGCACAUACAAAGCAGGGGUUUGGGGGUACAUGGCUGCUGACAGAAUGAGAAGGGGACAUGAGCUGUUCACUCUAAGGGACUGAGGACACCUGGAGAAGGCUGUAUUUGUUUGGAGGACCUGACAGACUUCACUGGUUCCCUGCCUUCCCUUGAAAAGGUCAUCCAAAAAGCCUUUCAAGUGUCCCAGUACGAUGGUGAUAAUGCUUUUGAAGUAUUUCAUAAAUUCCAUCCGAACAUCUUCAGGAUCUUCUUCCAAGUUGGAGUGUAUCAGUUUUAGCUUGUUCAGUGGGUAAGCUUUGAAGGAUCCUGUGAAAUGGGUGGAUAUACAACAUCACCAUCACUACACACCACCACAGCCAGAGAGCAGGACUUCCCGAGGGGCUGGGUCAGGCAGCAUGCUCCGGGUGUCACUCACCUCAGCCCCUGCGUCGGGCUGUAGCUGCCGAUCCCUUCUAUGCUCUCCGAAAUGAAGUUUGUCAACACCGACUUUCCAGACUGACAGGAAGUGAAGAUCCCGUGGCAUUGGUGUCACUAUACGGUUACACGGACAGUUUCCUGCCAAGUGCAGAAUGGGUCAGAAACGGUGAUCCAGCGAGUUUAUCAGAGCUGCCGAUGGCCAGGACCUUGUGCCAACUUAGUGAGUUACAGGACUCUCAUCAGGCCCACGUAUAAAAUGUCCUACCGAACUGUGACCACGCUGGAGUGGAGGUGCUGCCCUGGCUUCACGGGGAGCAACUGUGAAGAGGGUUCAUCUGGCCGCCAGCACGGCUCCUUUCCCAACCAGGACCAAUGCAUGAACUGCACGAGACUAGCGGAUAUGACUGAGAGGCUGAACACGCUCGAGGCCAAGAUCCUCCUGCUUGAGGAAGCAGAGCGAAGCCCACCGUUGGAAAACAACCUGCCCAUCACUGGGACUACAGCCACAUGGUAUGAUGAUUUGCUACCAGAUGCCUUUCCCUUGCUGAAUCCUGGGACUGUCCUGAGAAAAACAGUGGGACCUGUUGAGCCUAAAGGACACAGAGGUGCACAGGAGCAGCUAAUACCACAGGGGCUGCCAGGACAGGUUGGACCUCCAGGCCCAGUUGGACCAACUGGUCUUCCAGGACCACCAGGACCAAAAGGAGAGAAGGGACAGCCUGGUGAGAGGGGCCCAGCAGGGCCACCAGGGCUGUUGGGACCUCAAGGACCGAGAGGACUGCCAGGAGAAACAGGGAUCCCAGGUCCCCCAGGUCCUCCAGGGCCACCAGCCACCCCAAGCCUCCCUCUUACCUUCCAACAAGGAGUUCUCUACUCACUCCAGCCCACAGCUGAAAAAGAAAUCAGAAACAUCAAACGUAGGCCAGAAGCUAAACUGCCACGUGCUGUUGCUGAGGCUGCUGCUACGAAGAUCACUUGCUGCCACUUCAAAAUGCAUGGAUCAGAUGGAGAACCCCAGCUGGCCUCCACCGUCAUCGACACCAUCAUGGCUGGCCUGCCAGGACCACGGGGAGCCCCAGGCCCUGUUGGGCCACCAGGGCCUCCAGGAGCAUCAGGACCCAAAGGGCCACCAGGACCUGUCGGAGUCCCUGGAUCACAAGGCUUACCAGGCUCUCCAGGACAACCUGGACCAAAGGGCUCCAAAGGAGACCGAGGAGAGAGAGGACAAGCAGGUCUGGCUGGAGAGAGGGGCAUUAAGGGAUUUCCUGGUGAACCAGGCAAGAAGGGUGAGGAAGGUGACAAAGGUGCUGAUGGGGAAGGUGUUCAACAACUUCGAGAAGCUCUGAAGAUUUUAGCUGAGAGGGUGUUGAUUCUUGAGCACAUGAUAGGAAUUCAUGACUCUUUAUCUUCCAUUGAGCCAGGCUCUGGACAGGAUGUGAUCCUGGGCUCCCCUCUGCGAACCAGCAUCAAGAUCAAACGUGGAGGACCGCAGCAGCCACAGGCCUACCAGAUCCUCUCUUCACUGCUGGAUGGGAGUGAAGCCAAAAGGAGAAGCAAUCGGAUGAAGUAGGAACAUCUCUGUGUUCUCCAUGUCUGUUCACCAAUUAAAGAUACAGUUAAAGAUACAGUAUCCCAGUGCUUAAUUGCAAAGUGCAAAUGGAGUCAGUAGAAGGCUGCAGUGUUGGCAAUGAGGUUUCCUUACCUGGCCAAUACUACACCCUCAUUGCAGGAAAUGCCUUAUUCUUAUAACAAAUAGCUCAGAGAGGGUCUGAUGAACAUUUGUCCUGAUUUUGUUGUUUUGCCUUUGGAACAGCAGAUAGCAGGUAUCCUUGGAAGCUGUCUACAGAAAUGACAUCUCCUGACUGUCUCUGCAGUUUAAUCCUCCCUUUGUUUUCUCACUGCCCUUGAGAGUUACUCAGUUGCAGAACUGCUUAACUGGCUGAGACAAUCAAUCCCAUCUAGACUCAAAGUCAAGCCUUACCCUUGUCCAUUGGUAUAGUGGAUGGCAUCCACUCUUAUUUUAUGUAGUGGUGUCAUGCUUACUUUCAGGUGAAGAUGCCACUUCCACAGACCAUUAAAGCACGACUUGCAAGGAUUUCUUUUAAGGAAAGAGCAAUUAAAACUGUUACUUUGAAAAUUCAGGUAACGCUUUGGAUUUUAGCAUCAAAAACUUGGCUUUUCAUGUUGCUAAUUGCAUGUGAGCGGCGUUAUUUCUGUUUGUGGUUGGCUAAGCAAGGACUUUAGAUGCAAAUGUUCAUGGCAGCAGGUAUUUCUAGCUAUAUUCAGUGGUAUUAGAUUGUUUCUGUGAAAACAUAAAGCAGUUUGUAUGAGGUAUGAUGGAAUUGUGCAAGAAUUUUCCCAUACUGUGUUCAGCUUGUGCGUACAUCCAGGGGUAAUUAAUGUAAGUAGCAGCAGUAGCUAUUCACAGAAGAGGGUAUUUUGCAAUAGUUUCUUAAUCCUGCAUCAAUAAGGAACAAUGUUUUCACACUGUUUCAUUUUUCUCUUGUGAAUAAAUCCUUGCUACUUGAAUCUGGAGACGGUGUACUAGCAAACCACAGCCUAAGGAAUUAGUCUUGUCAAGAGCUUAUCUUGCACUGGGAGUUAAAUACAAAAUCAGUUUACUUUCUGCAAUAACUUGUUCUUUUGGGGGGAAUUCCCAGCUUUCAGGGUUAGGAAGUUGAGCCUGCCCUUCAGUGACACAUGAAUCACUGCACCUGCUGUGCAAACCACAUUGGACAAGUUGAUGCCAUUCAUGUUGACAGUGAGUACAAAGGGUGAGACUAUUCAAUGGUACCAUUUUUUCACCCAUUUUUAACACACCCCAUGCCUAAAACAGUUUCCAGAUUCAGCCCAGGAUGAAAAUGAGCAAACUGAGUUUGUGAUUUUAUAACAUAAGUCAGGUAAAUGGGUCACAUCCUAUUUGGUUCCUAGUGCAAGACAGAGCUACCUGACAAUGCAAACAGCACAGCACUGCUGCAGUAUUUCCCUCAAAAGCUGUUGCAAAGACCAACAACUGUAGGGUCUGUGUAUUCAGCAGCCCCUUGUACCCAGUUAUCUUCCUAAGGCAAAACCAGCAGCAUGGGGUACAUUGGAAAUAAAGCUUAAAAUGAAGGAGCUCUGCCAGCCUGUCAUUAGCCACACAUUAAAUUAACUUUCCAUAUACACAGUAAACAGGGUGGACGUACAAAGAGCUCAGAACACCCAAAUCUUUCCUCUGAAGAGCGCUGUAUUUUCAGAAAGGAACAGGUUCCAUUGGGAUGAUUGAAUUCACUGAUGUGAAACUAGUGAAAAGAUGUUUCCCCAUUUACAGGCUGAUUUUAGUGCAGGAAUUGAGAAGUACUCGAUCACCUCUCUGUCCUGAUCAUGUAUGCACCACAGGAAACGGCUGGUGGCUUCCAGGGAAAAACCCUUGCACUUACCAGUAGGUGUUGGACAGUCAGGCCCUGGAGACAGGCAAAAUCCCAGUUCAGUCCAGUGGUGGGCACUGGGGGGGUUGGUGGUGGCUGUAGUCACCUGCCACAUGGAGAGUGUGUCCUUAUGGCAGCUCCAGGAACCAACCCAAACCUUUAAAAAGGGAAACAGCAAAAUUCCAUUGCACUGGUCCUGUCACUCUGGGGUUGAAUUUGGGGAACAGAGAGUGCAGUGAGGCCAUUUCACUUCCCUGGCACUUUGGAGCCUUCAUGCUGAAUGGAAAGAGAAAUUUCUCUUCCUCCAAGUUUGUCAUCCUGAAUUCAAAACUAUUGCAUUAGAUUUAUGAGGACUCUCUUCAAGUCAUUCAUAUUGACUAGGAUUUGGGAUUUUAAACGAUUUAAAACAAAUUACUGGCAAGAUGAAUGGAAACAGAAUGGAAGUUGUUUGCAAUGAAUCCUGCCAAGUCAAUUGUCAAAAGACUGGUUAGAUUUGGGUUGCAACUGUUUUCAUUACUGACUUUCCCACAUUUCUGUAUGAGCUAUGUGGUUCUUUUUCUCCCCAUGCUUUGAUUUAUUCAGCUACAUCUCUCUGAUGUGGUACUGUAUCUUUAACUUGGGUGGCAGUAGGAUUAUACCAACUGGACUCUCUUUUCUCAGCUGGGAUUUCAUUCCUCUCUACUUACAUAAGGGUUGGACCACGCUGUUGUGCAGUCCCAGUUUAGUUAUGUUUUAAAGGUGAGCACAGCCUCACACCCUGACAUUGAUGAUAUUUAUCACUACGCAAACCACUCCAACUACAUCUUCCAGCUUAGGCAGGAGCUAAGGUUCAUUUUAGCCAGGCCAUGUAAAGCAUCUUGCCAUGUCUGUAACUUAGAGAGUGGAUUUAUUUUGAAUGCGUGCUCAUUUAGAAAUAUACUUUAAUUGAAAUGUUUAGUGCUUUCUCUUACCCACUGUGCAAUUCCAUAGUGUGUGCCUUUCCUUUUCUUUUCUUUUCCUAUUCUGAAUGUUUCUCUGAGCUCCAGUGUGGAUUUGACUUGGAUUGGUUCUGGUUGUAGUAACACAUUUUCCUUGCCUUGAGCUAACCAGAAGCAGCAGCAGCGCAUUGCACAACCACAGAUCUUUGCAAUUCAUGCACCCUCAUGCUCACCAGCAAUCCAGAACUCCUGGGAGGAGGAGAAUGCUUCUCUCCAGAGUAUCUAAUUUGCACUUACUGUAAAGAAUUGAUGACAACCCAGGGAAACAGGAGUUCAUUAGAGAGAAGAGCCCUCGCCUGCUCCCACCAAACUCCACAGUAAUUUUGCCAUCAACUUUCAAAGAAACAGGCCCUAAAAAUCAGGUCCAGUUCUCAAGCUAGCGUGGGCUGGUGCUGCUCAGUGCAGCCAAGCAGAGGGCACACGAGCAGCUUGCUGAGGGUUCAGCUCUGGGCUGGGGGCUCAUUCCCAGUCUCUUCAAUUGAACUAUUUUAAUGUAGGAACCUGACCACUGUGACAAAGGCUUCUAAAAGACAAUCAGCUUCUGGAAUUACUGCCCAAUACAAUCUAUUGGAAAUCCAUUCUCCUCCAUGUUUACAGCUUGUCUGAGUCAGGAUUACAUUCCAUUCCAGUGCUUGGUGGUCCAGGGGAUUAAAGUACUCACAGUGUCUGCAACUGCAUUGGAACCAAGCAAUUCAGAGGUGCUAUAACUGUUCACAAGGCACAUUCCCAUCCGAGGCAAUGUUAACUUUUUCACUAGUUAUUUUACACAGUAUUUUCUUUUAUUUAUAUCAGUGUGUUCUGUAUGUGUGCAAAUGGUUCUGGCUUCCCUUAUUGUAAUAAGCUUUACAGCCAUUUGGUCUUUUACAGGGCAGCCAUACGCAGUAUCUAGCAAUCAUGUGUAGUUUCUUAACUUAGAGCAAGACUAGAUCUCAUCUAACAUGAUAAAGUCCUCUAUGGCAGGCUCUAAUGUUUGUUGUAAACACAACCUGUUUGUUCCACCUCUUGCAUGGUUACUUACCUGUUUGCAUAUUGCUAUGUUAUUGUUCAAAAUAGCUAUUUCUCUUUAUUCGCUAUGGGGUUUGUUACUGUAUAUGGAAUGUUUUGUAUUCAGCAUUUUCAUACAGAGCAGAGUGGGAAAAGUAUUCAAGAACCCACAAAUACCAAAGACCUUUCAUGUAAUGCACUGAGAAAUAAACAUACUGUAAAGGAA